UCAGAAGAUGCCCGAAUGUCAAGCCUUUUGCCCUGUUGGAGCCUGGGCUGUGGGGCCUGGUUUCCACAUUCCCUUGCGAGACAUGCAGGGUCAGCGAGACGGCUCCCCUUCCCCCGGGCCUCCCGGUGCCCUGGCCCCAUCCCUGCUUGGAGCCCCGUCUGGUCUGCUGUCCAUUCCCCCUUUCCGGGGCUGCCGUCUCCUAGGCGGUGGCCGCUGUGUGCACAGGCUCCGUGUCUCCUGAGCCUGGGACACGUGUGUCUUCAAGCCCGCCUGCUGCUGUUCGUGCUGCGGUGUCCCCUUCGCGAGUCUGCAGUCAACCGCAAGGCGAGACCAUCUCACCCACGGAGACCCAGGAAGGGCCCCCUCACGGACCUGUCCCAGCUCAUCACCAUCCAUGUGAAUGGCGCCCCCUGGAGGUGCCACCCCAGGUGCCGCCCCACCGCCGCCAUGCCGGAAGUCGAGAGAAAACCCAAGAUUACUGCCUCCCGCAAACUCCUGCUGAAGAGCCUGAUGCUGGCCAAGGCCAAGGAGUGCUGGGAGCAGGAGCACGAGGAGCGAGAGGCUGAGAAGAGGCGCUACCUGGCGGAGCGCAUCCCGGCGCUGCAGACCCGAGGCCUGUCGCUCAGCGCCCUGCAGGACCUGUGCCGGGACCUGCACGCCAAGGUGGAGGUGGUGGAUGAGGAGAGAUACGACAUCGAGGCCAAGUGCCUGCACAACACCAGGGAGAUCAAGGACCUGAAGCUCAAGGUGCUGGACCUGCGCGGGAAGUUCAAGCGCCCCCCCCUGCGGCGCGUCCGCGUCUCGGCCGACGCCAUGCUGCGCGCCCUGCUGGGCUCCAAGCACAAGGUGUCCAUGGACCUGCGUGCCAACCUCAAGUCUGUGAAGAAGGAGGACACGGAGAAGGAGCGGCCCGUGGAGGUGGGCGACUGGAGGAAGAACGUAGAGGCCAUGUCCGGGAUGGAGGGCCGCAAGAAGAUGUUUGAUGCUGCUAAGUCCCCGACCUCCCAGUAGAGGCAGCUGGCCAAGCUGUGCUCCGGGUGCCCUGCCGGCUCCUUCCUCCAGCCCCGCCCGCCGGCCUCUCAGCAUACGCCCCUGCACUGCAGAGCGCCCCCCCUGCUCCCACGUCUCCCCUCCAGCCUGCGCGCCUUCCGGCGGGACUGGGAUUAACAGACACGAGAGGGGAGGAACGGCAGCGUCUGAAGACCUCGCCUGGCUGGCGGCUGGGCUCCCGGCCGCUGUGGUGCAAACAGGCCACAAGGAGGCACGCACCCUCCGCUCUGUGUGUCAAGCGCCCGUGGGCGUCACAGCCUCUCCAUUAAAACCAGUGUCCUGGUCGCUUCUGCA